AGCAGAAAUGGAGCAGCACUCAGACCUGGGCUGCCGUCACCAUCCAGAGGAACAUCCGUGGCUUUAUUUGCAGACGUAACUUCCGCUUCUUCAAACAGAAGGCCAUCAUCAUCCAGUCCCACAUCAGGGGUCAUCAGGCCAGGAAGCAUUUUAAGAGACUGAAGCAGUCCUUCACCCAAUUCUGGGCAGCUAUGAUGAUUACUAGGAAUGCCAUUAAAAAACGACAGUGGACGGAACACAAGAGAUCCGGAGUGAAACAGGUGGCCAAAGCUCAGUCUACUUAUUCAGGAAUGGAUGUGGGAAUGCUGGAGAUCCCGGCCGAACUAUCAGCCAGGUUGCGUAGUGCAGCAGGGCGCCCACGGAGGUCAGGGGUCACAGAGGUAGCCCCACCACAGGUCAAAGCAGAGUACAACCUGUCCCUGCCCACUGAUAUCGACAGUUACCCAUUCUCCCGAUACGCCAAAACCGUUAUAAAGGAUGGAUGGUGCCAACCACAGGGUCACUCGCUCCAGAGGCCACUCACCUUUCUAGAGGCUGAGGAUGCCCGCACUGCUCUGGACAUAUACAAACUGAUCCUGCGCUUCUGUGGAGACCCAGAGCUGACCAGCUGGCAGGAGCAGAUGUUGGGGAACUACAUAGUGCAGAAGGCGCAGGACAGGCCAUCCCUCAGAGAUGAGAUUCUGGCCCAGCUGGUCUACUACACUUGGGGGCGACAGAGUGAUGAGGGCUCCCUGAGGGGCUGGCUUCUCUUGGCUUGCUGCCUCAGUGCCUUCAUGCCCUCGCCAGCCCUGGACAAAGCUCUGCUCAAGUAUGUGUCUGACCAGGGCCCAGGAGAAUAUUGCUCCUUGUGUCAGCAUAAGCUGCUCACCUCUCUCCAGCUGCCCUCCCAUGCCUGUAGACACCACCCUCUGACCCCACUUGAGUGGACCGCCAACCAGAGGAAAGGGAAAAUGGUUGUGGAACUCAACACCUUCAAUGAUGAGAAGCUAACAGCAGAGGUGGAAUCCUGGACCACAGGGGAGCAACUGGCUUCCUGGAUUCUGAGCUUCAGGGGUGUGCCUGACGUCUCGCAAGGCUGGUCCCUGUCUCUGCUAGCUGGGGAGACCUGGACUGACCUGACUGGCUGUGACUGUGUAAUGGAUCUCCUGGCUGGAGUGGAGCCUGAUGUUUCCUCGGGCCAGCCACCUACCUGCCCUGAUUACCUCUUCAGUGACCCAGGGGACAGGCUGAUGGCCUCUGGACUGGAUGAUUUCAUUCCACCAGCCCCCUCUACGCAGGCUCCCAGUCUUCCUCCCUCUGAAUCAGCUCACUGGGAUGCUUUUGCUCCAUCUAGCACAUCUCAGGGACCCCGAGCUCCCCAGAUCGAUGCUUAUGUGGAUGACCUUUUUGACCCUGUUCUUGAUCAGGGUCCUCCGGACUUUGAACGUAUAGCUAUGCUGAACCGCAGAAUGAGGGGAGGUGGAGGGAUGCAGCCUAACAUCUACACAGGAGCCGGUGUUCCAAUGUCAAUGCCAGGGUAUUCUAUGGGAAUGCCCAUGAAUCCAGCCAUGCCAGGCUAUGCUGCCACACCAGUAAUGCCAAACAUGAUGCCCACAGCUGCUCCAAUUCCUAUGGUUCCACCCAUGCAGCCUAUGAUGAUGCCCGGUGCGAUGACUGCCACCGCCCCACAGAUCAACUCUCAGCAGCUGGCCCAACAACAGCAAGCUUUCAUCAACCAGCAAGCUAUGCUCAUAGCCCAGCAGAUGACCCUGCAGGCUGUGACACUGUCCCAACAGAAACAACAGGAGCAGCUGCAAAAACAGCUCCAGCAGCAGCAGCAGAGGCAGGAGCAACAGCGACAGGAGGCACGGCCCCAGCCCCAACAACCACAGAGCUCCGCUCCUCCAGCACAAACCUCUCCCAGCCCCUCCACAGCACUCAGACCUGUUGAGCCACCUGUGUCACAGAGUAUCCCAGAGUCUGCAAGAGAGGUUAACCCUACCAACCCCAAUGAGCCAGGAAGCUUUCAUGAGAAGAGAGCCUUCUUCCAGAACAUUGAAGGUCGUCCAAAGCCUCCUCCAAAGGUUGCUAAACCACUCGUCUACACUAGUCCUCCACAGACAAAGGACAGAUCUCCCUCCCCAGUGAAGAAUGAAGUGAGACCAUCCCCAGAGCCCCCAAUACGAGAACCUUCACCACCCCCAGAGGUGGAAUCUUCUCAAGUCUCGCCCACUAAACCAGAGCCCAGCAGGAACAUCCGGGAGAUCAUUAAGCAGUACCAGAGUCGGCCUCCACCAGAGCCCCAGGCCUUUGAGCCUGUCAGGGUUCCUGCCAAGCAAUUUCUGAAAAAGAAUGACCCUAAAGAGGAAGCACUGGCCAUUCUCAGAGCUAAAGGACCAAUCCCACAGCAGAAGAAACAGUGGGCCCCGCCUCCACAACCCAAAAAAGAGCUUCAUCCUGCCCCUCCCCCUGUUCCCCGUGCAAAGCAAGCGCCUCGCUCCAUCUCCAGCAGCAUGAGACAGAAACAGCUCUCUCUCGCAGAACUUUUUGGCUCCCAGCGCUCUCAGGCUCCUCCCCCACCUCCUCUAAACCCUGUCCCAACUCUGCCAAAUAACAUUCCUGACCCACCUUCAGCAGCAGCACCUAGACGUAAUCAGCUCCAGAGAAUGACUGAUGAGGAAAGUGUUCGCUCUCAGUUGCAUGCUUUUUCUGCCAGCGUCUACUUCUCCUAUUCUCAAAUGCCUGGCAAGCUCUUCCUACGCAAAGAGCUGUUCUACCCCAGAGAGAAAUUCAAUCACCCAUACAUCCUUAAUUUACUGUGUGAGCAGAUUAUGCGAGACACCUACUCUGAUGCCUGUGUGCGACUUUCACGCGAAGAACGUCGCAAGAUGAAGGAUCUGCUGGCAACCUUCCGCAUCGGAACAAGUAUCAGCUCUGUGCUGGAUGAUGCUAUGAAGAAGAGGGUUGUCAUGGCAGCAAGAGACAACUGGGCAAAUUAUUUUGCACGCCUCUUCCCUGUAAAAGGUCAAACUAGAGGGGAUGCUCAGUUUCUUGGAAUUUCUCAUCGUGGGAUCAGACUGAUGAAGGUGGCCAAAGCAUCAGGAAUCAACCCAAAACACCUCAAACUACUGUGCAGCUAUAGCUAUGCAGAGGUGCUGUCUGUGAAGCAGCAGACUGCUAGAACUGUUCUAAUAUGUCUCAGAACUGAGGAGCUACAACUGCAUUCCCCACAAGCCCCCCAGAUUACUGAGAUGUUGCUCCUCUUCCUGGCCCAGUUGACUAAGGGCUCAGAGUAUGUUGUUGCUCUGAAGAGCUUUGUGACAGAUGACAUAAGCCUACUGAGUUUCCAUAAAGGCGAUGUCAUCAAACUGCUUCCCAUGGAUGGCCUCCAGGAAGGAUGGUGGUUCGGCUCCUCUGGAGGACGCGCUGGUCUCUUCCCAGUAGAUGUCACUCAGCCUUCUGCACCACCAGACUACCACAGCAGCUACAUCGACCGGCAGAUUGAAAGGAGAAAAAGCAUGAGGGCCCCUGCUGCCUCACCCACGCCCCCUGGUGGCCACUCUGCCCAGGCCACUGCACGUAUGGGAUCUGUGGCCAGUGAGCGCAGUGUGGAGGCGUCAUCAAUCCAGGGAUCUGAGAUAGAUCUCCUAGACCUCCAUCAGUACCAUUUAACUGAGUUUGCCGUGAAGUACUUCAGAGAAGCUAUUCAAAGAGGCCAUGUCAAUGCAGCCAAAAGCCUUGAGGAGAUAGUUCAGUACACUGCAGAACCCAUCAAAGAGUCUCUCAUCCUGUAUUCAGACAAUGAGCUCAAUGUUCUCGGCGUGCAAUGCUUCAUACAUGUGAUGCAGUUCAUGACUGACCUGCCACUGAAGAAGGACCAGACAGAGGGAAAGUGUACAAACUUCAUUCUUCAGCUUGGGAAAGAGAAGGAGUUCCUCAGAGAUGAGAUCUACUGCCAGAUCAUCAAGCAGGUCUCCAACAAUCCUCUGAAAGAGAGCUGUGCACGGGGCUGGCUUCUGCUCCACCUGGUCACGGGCUUCUUCCCUUGUUCCAACACGCUACUCCCAUAUAUGAAAAGACAACUUCAGAGCUGCAGUCUGGAUCCCAGCCACCCAUACCACGAGCUGUCUCGUAUGUGUGAAAAUAAUCUCAGACGCUCACUUACUUAUGGAGGGCGCAGGCAUAUUCCUUCUCAGGCAGAGUUGGAGGCCCUUUUGGCUGGCCGGAACAGACGGCAGCUGCCUGUGCUGUUCCCAGGUGGAGUUGAGUUCCCAUGCAAAGUCCACAGCUUCAAUGUGGCAAAGGAAGUAGUGUCAGACAUUUGCACAGAGAUGGGUGUGAUUAAUCCGGCGGAGGUGAGAGAAUUUUCCAUCCACGCUACCCGUGGACAGGAUGGAGAAGUGCGUCCAAUUCACCCAGAUGAGUAUCCGUUUGACUUCUUGCUGGAUGACGGCUCAAUAGUUUUUUCCUUCCAUCGUCUUGCCUGGCAACACCCCCUGCACUUUGACAAUGAUCUCUAUAUCGAAUUUCAUUACCAGUUGGCUUUGGCCCAUUAUCUGGAUGGGAAACUCCUCCUAUCUGGCAACAGUUCCUCAGUUCAACAGCAGGUGGCAGAGUUGGCUGCACUUCAGCACCUCGUUAUGGGUUCAAUUCAACAACCUACAAAACAAGAGCUAAAAGAGUACUUACCCCGUUUGGAUGGAAUCAGUUCCAGUGCUGAGAAACUGCUGAGCGCUACACUCAAACAGCUGUCGGUCAUUGCUUCUCUCAGUCCCCUGGAGGCCAAAGUGUGUUUCCUCGAGAAUCUCAGUUCACUGCCUCUGUUUGGCUCACAUGUAUUCAUGGCUCAGAAGGUCAGUCACAGCAGUUGCCCCUCUCCCUGUGUGGUAGCCGUCAACCCUGAGUGCAUCAGCUUUGCUCAUCCCCAAACACAGAUAACGGCCUUAACAAUUCCACUGGAGCAGGUGCGAUCUUUGCGCACUCUCCUACCUAAGAAAGAAAAAGUGCCAGGGGUGGAGAUCAACUAUGGCAAUGCAUCUCAAGUUAAAACCAUUACAUUUUAUCUGAAACAGGCGAGGGAACUUUGCCACAUUAUUUCUGUGAUCAUGGAAGAGCUGGUGAGACCACAUGCCAGUGGAUCUGUGUCCAGCUGAACAGGAGCCUCUCAGUAACUACCAGAGCUGUGUGUUCAUCCCUGCUUUACCACGCUGCCCAACAGGCAAUGGCUGGCAAUGCAGUUACCAGAUUAAUUAUAAUGAAGAAGCUAUUUAGUUUAAUUAAGCAUUUUUAAAACUGUUUUAAACAUUUGCACAAGAAUUCAUAUCUCUAUGGAAAUAUUCUGUCAUCCUAUUUUUGAGUUUAGUAAUGAUAUAUAUUUUUGAUUUAUUUUGUUUGUUUUACAAUAUUAAGAAAUAUAGUUACCAAAUUAAAUUUUGUAAACUGUAGUAAAUAAUGAGAUUGUAUUUCACUUGAGAUUUCUUUAUAACAUCUGCAGUCCUGCAGUUGUCUAAGAAAAGCAAUUAAUGUGAAUCCAUGUUAUAAAAGUUUCAAAAUUAUAUGCAUAUGCAUUGUCAAUAUUUGUUCAAUUUUAGUAUAUUUGUCCACAAUUUCAGCUCUGUUAAAUAAUAAAAGCAAAUAG